GAGCAGCCUCAGAGCAAGAGUCCCGGGCAGUCGGAAGCGUUGCGUCGCUGCCGUGAGAGUCUCUGCCGAAUUUACCCAGGUGACCGGCAUGGAUCGGGCACUAUAGAGGACAACCAGUGGUUGUUGGAAUGCAUUAAUUUAAGGAAACAUUUAAAGGUUUUCUCAAUUUGAUUGAAAUAUCAACUUCAAAAUGAACCAUACUGAAUUGAGCAGUGAACUGAGCUAUAAUGUCAGUCGCAGAGUUUUUAAUGAAGAAUAUUUCCAAACUUACCUACAUAAGAAAAAAAAGCAGAAGCUAUCAAAAAGAGAGAGGUUUCUACAGUAUUUUCGUUGUUCAACCGUGAAAGCCAAGUCAAUACUCUUCAGCUCUGUUCCCAUUCUGCAAUGGCUACCCAACUACCAAGUAAAGGAGUAUAUAUUAGGAGAUAUAGUAUCUGGAGUGAGCACUGGAGUGAUGCACCUACCGCAAGGUUUAGCAUAUGCCAUUUUGGCAAGUGUUCCCCCUGUGUUUGGACUCUAUACUUCAUUUUUUCCAGUUCUGUUAUAUAUGAUAUUUGGGUCAUCAAGGCAUGUGUCAAUAGGCACAUUUGCAGUUAUAAGCUUAAUGAUUAGUGCAGUGGCAGUAAAACUUGUUCCAGAUGAUAUGUUUGUGCAUUCCUUGAAUGCAACUAAUAACUCCGACCCAUUCGCAGAAAGAGAUGCAAUGAGAGUUAAAGUAGCAACGGCCACAGCUUUCUUAUCGGGAAUUGUGCAGCUCUGCCUCGGACUCUUACAUUUUGGAUUUGUCAUUGUUUACCUCUCAAAACCUUUAGUACGAGGUUUCACCACUGCUGCAGCUACACACGUCUUUGUCUCUCAGUUAAAGUAUUUUUUGGGCAUCAAAACUAAACGAUACAGUGGAGCGCUCUCAGUAAUUUAUACCUUUCUUGCUGUGUGUAAGAAUAUUAAGGAAGCUAAUAUAGCAACAAUAAUUGUUGGAGCAAUUUGUGUUGUCUUCCUGUUUGGAGUGAAAGAAGUGAAUGCCCGCUGCAAAGAUAGAUUUGUUGCUCCCAUUCCUGUGGAGCUUAUUGUGGUUGUUGUUGGCACUGGUGUUUCUGCUGGAAUUAACCUCGUUGGCAAUUAUCAAGUAGAUGUUGUUGGAUAUAUACCUUCCGGAUUGAGGACCCCUGUUCUACCUGACAUCGAUCUACUUUCUAAAAUACUUUCAGAUUCUAUUGCAAUUGCGUUAGUUGGAUUUUCUAUGACUGUAUCAAUGGGGAAGAUAUUUGCUCUGAAACAUGGUUAUACUGUGAAUGGGAAUCAGGAACUUAUUGCAUUGGGAAUCUGCAAUUUUAUUGGAUCCUUUUUCCAAACAUUUCCUGUCAGCACCUCGAUGUCCCGAAGCCUUGUGCAAGAGAGUACAGGUGGCAACACUCAGAUUGCUGGAGGAAUAUCGGCCUGCGUUGUGCUCCUGGUCAUUGUUUCUCUUGGUUAUCUCUUUGAACCUUUACCUCAGACUGUGUUGGCUGCAAUUGUGAUGGUGAACCUGAAAGGAAUAUUUAAACAAUUUAUGGAUAUACCAUUACUCUGGCGAACCAGCAAACAUGAACUUACAUUGUGGGUUGUAUCAUUUCUGGCCUCUCUUCUUUUGGGAUUGGACUAUGGACUCAUGGUUGCAGUGGGAUUUGCCAUUUUUGGAGUUGUUUUUAGAACACAAAGUCCUAAAUACAGGGUUCUUGGUCAGAUACCGAAUACAGAUAUCUACUGGGAUGUAGAAGCUUAUGAGGAGGUGCAGGAAAUCCCUGGGAUAAAGAUAUUUCAAUCAAAUUCCUCUCUGUACUUUGGCAAUAUUGACUUGUAUGUCAUUGCAUUGCAGGAAAAGAUUGAAAUAAAUCCAACUGCAAUAUUAUUGGCAAAGAAAACUCUUGAAAAGAAAAUGAAACAAAAGGCAAAGUUGUCAGAGGGAAAGAAGAAUGCUUUCCUAAAAUUGAGAAAAAGUGAAAAGAAGCAUGUAACGCAGAAUAAAGUGUCUGAAGACCAUCAAAAUGAAGAGGCUGCAAAAGAAGUUUCAAAUAUGCAGAAUGCUGAGAUAUACUUUGCUAGCACUGGAGCAAACAUGCCAGGGGAAAGCCUAGAUGAAGAACAAACAACACGUGUCAAAACACCAUCUGACAUCCAUUCAUUAAUUCUGGACUUUAGUCCAGUCAAUUUUGUAGAUUCUGUUGGAAUAAACGGACUUAAAAUGAUGCUAAAGAAAUAUGCAGAAAUUGGAAUUAAUGUCUCCAUAUCUGGAUGUAAUGGGUCAGUAAUUGCAGAUCUGGAACGGCUGGAAUUCUUUGAUAGCUCAAUUACAAGAAGUCUUCUGUUUCACAGUGUACAUGAUGCUGUACUGUAUUGCCAACAUAAAGCUGCUUCUGAAUCACUUUAGAAGAGUCCUUUGCUGCAGCUUGCCAUCUUAAUGAAACGCAUUACUUGGAGCAGGAAUCAUCUCGUCACUUGAGAAAUCACCAUUCAACCAUAAUCACAGGAAUAUUACCCCAUUAAGACUAGCUUAUGCAUUUGUGACCAAUUUGAGUUUCAACUUCAAUAUGUUGUAGUUUUGGGAUGGAGACAUUUCAAUACUGGUAACUAAUUUUUUGAAGUUGUGUUCAUCUAUUUUUGAACUUUAAACCAGUUUCUCACUUGUUUCUCUAUUCUUCCUGAACUUUGCUCAUGCAUUGUUCAUUGCUCAACCUUCAAGAGAUGUGCUUUCAUUCUAGCUGAGCCGAGUAGAAUAAAUAACCUCCUCGUAGAACAAAAGAUCUGCUCCCAUCUUCAUCCAUGCCUCUGUCAUGUGGAGAGUCGAGUAGAACCAGCAUUCUCAAUGGUGCACACCAUGCCAGAGAGUGGCCUUUACUUUUAGUAGAGCUUACAACCAUGCAUAUAUUGAGUACUUAGCCAUUAUUGCUGUCGUUUUUCUUUGAAACAUUCAUCUUAAUCAUUAACAGUGCAUUCUGCAAAAUAAUUCUUAAUAUAAUUCUAGCCAGUCCUGUGAAUGUAAAAUAUAUUUUAUGUUUUUGUUAUGUUACUAAUCUAAAUCUGGAAGAUUUAUCUCCUCACUCAUUUGUCUAUCUAUCGCUCAUCAACUAUCAUAUUGUGCUGAGAGUUUGGCCCCUGGCUUCUGACUAUCCUGCUUUCCUUGUUCGUGUUCUACUGAAUUUCCCAUUUCUUCUUUGAAUCACUUUUUAUUUAGAGAUGCUGACAUUGAAUUUAUUUUUGGGCAAGAGGCGCAAGACCUAGUCUUACAAUUCAAGUGAGGUUGACUGUAUUACAACUAUCUCGAUUAACAUCAGAUAGUUCACAUAAUGCUUUAAAGGUGGACAUUGUUUUCCAAUGUCACUCUGCCAAUUGCAAUUUUCACAAACUGCACAGAUGGCACUAAAUAUUAUUGUGAUAAUGUAAAUAUUUUUUUAAAUUAUGAAAUUUAGCAAAAUCUCUGAAUUUUGAUAGUUUAAUCAUCAAACCCGUUUUUCAUUACUCAGAAGUGACCAUUAUUUUUUGAUGGUGUUUGAAGGUCAAUUUUAUACUUUAUUAAUUUUCUACAACUUAGAGCAAUAUAAAUAUCACAAUACAAACUGUUAGACUGUUUUGGAUACAGGUGCAAUGAAGAAUUAAAGGACAGUGGUGGAAAAGUGUGGGUUUUCUGUAUCGUGUUGUCAGGUGGCCAAAGCACAAAUAUUGUUAAUUUUGUUUUGUUAAAACUGGUUUGCUUUCUGUAUUUAUUCAUUGUACUAACAUAUCAUAAGUAAACUACUGUGUGUUCCCAGUUCUACUGCACAUUAUAUGAAGGGAGCAAAACUUCCCUGUGCGAAUAACGCGUAUAUUCACCUGACCAUAAUUACUCUGAGGCUUGGGAUGGCUGUUCUUUGAGAAGUUAUAUACAUUGCACUGCAUUGUUGGCAUAACAAUAAAUCCGUCACUCAAAAUAAGUACCUUUAUUUAUAUCAGUGAUUUCUUACGUAAAUAUAAAAAUCUUAUUGUUUAAUGUUGAGUCUUUGAAAUCUGUAAAUUUCAAAUAAAUCAUUGUAAGGUUUUGUCACUUGUCAGACUAAGAAGGCUCAGAUAAAUCAGGAAUUUGACAAGAUGUUGACAUCUGACUGGCAGAUUUUUCUUCUCAAAAUGAAGGAAUAUUUUCCCUGGGGAUAUAGAAACAAUGUUGAAGGAUCACUAAGGGAAAAAUCCUUAAAAUAAUUUAUAAUCUUGAAGGUUUUGCACAUUUCCAAUUUUGUUUUUCCUUGUUCCUAAGGUCCAACAAUAGUAGCUGUCUAGACUUUAAAUUUAUUUUCCUAUCAUUGUAAAUAGUCAUUAUCUUUCAAAAAGAACAUUUCUGGCAUUUUUUUUAACAUCCUAGAUAGCCUUGCACUCAAAUGAUCAGGUUUAACAUGGUUAGCUCUCGUGGUGUUUUGAUACAGUAGCCAUCAGAAUCCACCUUCAGGUAUAAUAGUAAUUUGCCUUAAAAGUAGGUAUUACAAAUUCACAACAAAGACAUUGCUCUUUACUAGUUUUGGAGGUUUAUGACUCACUCCAUUUUACCAGUUCUAGAACUGUUCUGUUUUAUGUUGUGCUCUGAUAACUGAACAUAUAAAAUAUAGAAUGCAUUGCUGAUACAAGAGCAUAAGUUGAACUCCAAAGCUGCUAUUUGGAAUUUUGUAUCAAUCUAUUCUUGUGAAUUGAAAUGUAAAUGAGAAUUUCUUGAUUUGAAAAUGCAAUUUAUUGUUAUUUGUAAUGUAUUUUUAUACAAUAAAGAAACUAUUGCAAGUUA